AUGGUUUACGGGAAUGGAACGAAUUGUGAUAAAUUAUGGCGUGCAUGGAACACAAUAUUAAUCACAGUAUUACAUAUAUUUCUCAUAUAUGUUGGAAUUAAUCGUUAUUUAGCUUUUAAGACACAAGCAUUUGAUGCUAAAUUUGGUGGUGCUUGGGAUCAAUCAUGUAUGAAUUUCACGUUGGCAAUGCUUAUUACAACAUUGACAUGUUUCUGUUUAUUUCUAUUCUGCAGUUUGGUACGUACAACAAAUUAUGCUAACGAAGGAACCCAGAUUGGUAGAGAUACAAACAAUUUACAUUUAUUAAGUUCUACAUAUGCUUGGAAAUCUGAACUACCUAUGAUGAAGUUAACUUCAAUGACGGAUCAUCAAAAUUGUAUGUAUCCUAACUCAACAAACGGUAAUGGGAAUAUGAUGAAAACAUUAAGUCGAAAUGCUUACAAUUCAGGUGAUGAUGAUCAUGCUUCAGCUAUCGGACCAGAUGAUGUUCUACCUGGUCCUAAUUAUGACACAUGGUCAGGACGUAGUGGAGUUAAUCAAACUUUAUUCAACUCUUAUGCAACCAACAAUCCUAAUAAUACAUCUACUAGCCAACGUUUAAUUUCUAAUGAUAAUUAUUUGCAUUUAUCUUUUAAACGUAGCUUCGAUUUAUUAUGGCAACGAUUUAAAAGGAAUUUUUUGCCAUAUUGUGUUGUUUUGCAUUUGAUUAUGGCUUAUUGUUUAUACAUACCAAUACCUUUAAUGCAAUCACAACAAAUAUAUCAUCGAGCAUUGCCUGUCAAUCGGAUUUGGCGUUCAGAUCUGGAUGUCUUGUUUGGUUUACGUAAUGUAUUUGUACAACCAUCGAAUCAACUAUUACCAUCUUCAUCAGGAAAAACAUUGGAUCUCUUAUCAUCUACCAAAUUAGAAUCGCAAUCAAAUUUGAAAGAUUCACAACAUUUACUUCAUGAUGAUAAGUCAACUUGGGAUGAUUUAAGAGCGAUAUCACCGGAAUUCUUCAAUUUAGCUAUAGCGUUCUUAAUUCUUAGCUUACGUUAUCCCAGUGUGUUUUGGUAUACCAAUCGUGGAUUUUCGUUUGUUUUCUCCUUACUACUAUUGUUGACGGGUGUGAAUGCUUUAUUAGAAUGUUGUGCAACAUCUAUACUUGUACGACUUGGCUGGAAUCAGUUUCUACUUCCAAGUGAAAUUUGGCCAACUGAAUUAAAACUUCUUACAUUACCGAAUCUACCAGCAGGCGAUUCGAGUAUUGAAAAGAAAACAGUUCAAACAAUCGAAUCAGCCGAAAGUGAUAAAUCAGACCCACUUGAUGUAUUAACUGUGGAGUCAAGUUUUACUUUAAAUAUUAUCGGACCGUUAGCACUUUCAUUCUCUGGAACUAUAUUAUUUCUUAGUCUUUUCAUAGCAAUGUUUGAAUAUGGUUAUCAUCAAUUCACAGAAAAUUUGGCAGCUUAUAGACAUUAUCUUAUUGGAUCAUGUAACGGAAACGGUUAUCCACUUGUCAAUGGAGGUGGUCUUAUUUCUAAUGGUGAAUUUAUGGAAAGACGCAGUAAUUGUGGAAUGAAUACCAAUGGUUUAUCUUCAGGUAAUUUAUUCAAUCAUACAGUGACAGAGUCAGUACAUUCAGGUCAAAUAAGUGGUGGAAAAUCCAGUCACUGUUUAGGUACUAGUACCGAUGCAAAUGGUUGGACAACACGUAAAACUCGUGGUUAUAGUUACGGUGCAGAAAUGUUACAUACUGGAUGUCGAUGUUAUUUAUAUUCAUACACACCGCAUAUAUGUGCAUUGAUUGGCAGUUUAAUUGUACUUGCUUGUAAAAUUCCAAUUAUGUGGGAUUGUAUACUGGUAUACAGGAUAACUAGACAUUCUAUUUUGUUAUUCAGUGUAAUCUCAGGAAUUGUUGUUAUGUUCGCUUGGUUUAUUGCUUGGUUCGCAUUUACAUUAAAACCUGCUUGGAAAUUUCAGGUGAAUCUUCCACUUCAAACUGUAUCAUCACCUGGUGUACUGUCAACUGGAUUUCAACCAAUAACUUUUAUUCCACCUAUAAAUUAUCAACCAGUCAAUGAUAUGAUACAAAAUUCAAUGUUUAAUAGUCAAAUAAGACAAAUAACAACAUCAACAAAUUAUGGUAUACCAAUGAAUGGAACUAAUAACCGAUUGACAAAUACACUACAUAAUCCAAAUUCAUCAAAUAUUCAUACACAAAUGACCAUGCUUGGCUCAACUGAUGAUGGUUUCAUGCAUACUGAUGUGAAUGGUUCACAGCCAGUUGGUGUACCGGCUAGCCCAAUUUAUGCAUGUUUUCAUGAUAGAAAUACUGGAUUUUAUGGUAUAUCAGCAAGUGCUUCAAGUAUCGGUUUACCAAUGAACGCACAAAUACUAGUUACACCAGAAAUGAUUAGUAAUAAUAAUACUUCUAAUUUAGUGAAUUCAUCAAUCGGACCUAAUAAUCAAGUUAGUAGUAAUAUAGAUACACGUAACGCAGAGCAUGGUAUUGAAGACGCUGAGGCAGGUAGUAGACAAAGUGGUGGGAAUAACUAUGUUUGCCUUCAAAGUGCCCUGAAUUCAAAUAAUAUUUCUAAUAUAGGUCAACCAAUUCUUGUUAGCUCUAGCAACAAUAAUGGGAAUAGCAAUAACAAUAAUAAUAAUCAUAAUGACUGUAUUGGAUUACAAACAUUGACACCAGUCACAAUAUCGUCAUCAACUAGUCAGCUCCAAUAUCCUACAUUGAAUUUAUAUUCAGGAUAUCUUAAUAAUAAUUCUAACAAUGAUAACGCAACUAAUAAUACUCAACUAUCGUCCAGUUCUUCAGGUCAUGGUGGAGUAGAUGAUGAUGAAAAUUCAAUGAGUACAAUACAACCUGCAAAUAAAAUUUCUAUACAGGGAGGUCCAUCUUAUCCAGGAUUCGGUUUCACAUCACCAAAAGUUGGACAUUCAAAUUCGUUUUCAUUAAUAAAUCGUUUCCCGAAUCUAACAUCUACAGAUUCUCGAACAACUACAGCAACUGAAUCAUAUGGUAAUCUUCCAAGAAUUGGUGCGUCGAACGAGGUGAUAUGUUUACGGUCACAUCAAAAUACCACAGUAUUAUCACCUGGGGAAUGCGGUUUAAUGAAUUCGAGUGUACAAAAUACAGGAAAUUCAUUGACUUUAACUAAAGUACCAUCUUCAUCUUCAAAUGGACCAAGAGUAACAUUUAAAGAUGAUAUUAAUUCAACUAGUGGAACUACAUCUUAUAAUCAAAAUGUAUCAAGCUUAUUGCAUACCAUUACAACAGAGGGUAGUUCAUUUGACGAAAAAUCGAUUGACAAAGAUAAAGUUGGUACAAUUACUUAUGGCAGUGGACCAUAUGAUAAUGCAUUCCCUACAUUUCAUUCUAGUUUAUUGUUAAAAAAUCAAUUACAAAAUGUUGGUAAAAAUCAAGUAGACACUGUCGAUUUGCCUAAAUCAUCUAAUACAUUUAUGAACAAUUCAGGUUAUUUGAGACAUGGAAAUAUCUCUACAAAUAAUAAUACAAACAACAACAAUAAUUCCAAUAUAUACUCUUUGUAUCCAAAUACAUCUGUCGGUCAAUCGACAAUUCCUGAAAUGAUUGACAAUGUACUAACAGAUAUACAUAAUAAUAAUAGUAAAAAUAAUCAGUCAAGUAGAAUAACCGGUAGUAGCUGUAACAAUAAUAAUGUCAUGAUUGGUGACACUUUCAUUAAUGGUCAACCUAGUUCUAUGGAAGAGUUACCGUUAUUAUUGACAUCUCAUUUAUCAACCGAUGAAAAUCAAGAAACUAGAUUAUGUAGUCAAGUUUAA